AUAAAACCCUCGGGCUCCUCCAAUCCAUCUCUCUGCCGCUCUCUGCUUUUCAAUCCGGUUCUCCCUGCUUAGCAAAUCGGUGCUCUCCCUUCUCUCAAUCACGCAACCAUGGCGGCGCCUAAUACUGCUCCACCUCGCGCCCUCUCCGCCAAGGAGCUCGACAUCCAGAUGAUGUUGGCUGCGGAGGUCCAUCUGGGAACCAAGAACUGUGAUUUCCAGAUGGAGCGAUACGUCUUCAAGCGCCGCAAUGAUGGUAUUUACAUCAUCAAUCUUGGUAAGACAUGGGAAAAGCUGCAUAUGGCUGCCAGAGUUAUUGUUGGCAUUGAGAACCCUCAGGACAUGAUUGUCCAAUCUGCUAGGCCCUAUGGUCAGAGAGCUGUCCUGAAGUUUGCUCAGUACACUGGAGCUCAUGCCAUUGCUGGCAGGCAUACCCCUGGUACCUUCACUAACCAGAUGCAGACUUCCUUCAACGAGCCUCGUCUCUUGAUCCUUACUGACCCAAGGACCGAUCAUCAGCCAAUUAAGGAAGCAGCUCUUGGAAACAUCCCCACCAUUGCCUUCUGCGACACAGACUCCCCCAUGAGAUAUGUUGAUAUCGGCAUCCCUGCCAACAACAAGGGAAAGCACAGCAUUGGAUGCCUGUUCUGGAUUUUGGCACGGAUGGUUUUGCAGAUGCGUGGUACCAUCCCCCAGGGCCACAAGUGGGAUAUCAUGGUGGACCUCUUUUUCUACAGAGAACCUGAAGAAGCCAAGCCCCAGGAAGAGGAAGAAGUUGCUGCUGGUGCUGAAUAUGCACUCCCCCCUGCUGAUUAUGGCCUAGCUUCCACCGAGUGGAAUACUCCCGGGGAUGCUCAGUGGACCGCUGACGCAGCUCAGCCGCCUAUUUCUGGUGUUCCAGCAGCAUACUAUCCUGAAGCUGCUGCACCCAUAGGAGGCGACUGGGAAGCUGUUCCAGCUGUUCCUUCUCCGUUCCCUGUUGCUGCCGAACCAACACCCACAGGCUGGGAAAAUUAGAAAAUGCUGUUAUCCUUGGUUGCAAUCGUUAGCAUUGAUCCGGCUGUUAUGUUACUUUGAACAUCAAGAGCUUCAAAGCACCAAGUUCUAGACAUUAAUAUUUUGUUUUCAAGCUAUUUUUUGUUUGUGUCCAGUAUGGAUAGUUGUAGAAACCAAGCUUCCCGGAGGUUUUUUUGAUAAUGAAGUAAGGCUUUGAUAUGUUUCCUAAUCGAUAAAUUAUUCCUCUGUUUAUCAAAACCGAUCUUUUUUUCUUGGUUGUCACCAAUUCGGUUAGUUUCAAAUUCGAAACUGGAUAUUAGUGUCAAGUUUCAUUAAAUUCAUUUUAUGUGAUAGUAUUUUCAAUGUCCGUUGCUCUCUCCAUUUGUCUAUGC